AUGAAAGUACCUUCGGUAAACGUUCCAAACGUCAAACUACCAAAACUAAAAGCUCCAAACGUAAAGCAAACCAUCACAAAGGAGUAUUGGUCAAACGUCUUUGACGAUUUCAAACUAGAUGAUCAGCCAAGUUCCAAAGAUCGUAAAAACCUCUCCACCACUUCCCAACAAGAAUUGAAAAAUGGGGAAAUCUAUUCCUUGCAAUCCAAUUUGGAUUUCCAAGACGGUACGAAUCAUUUCGAUAACGAAACUCAAAUCGAUAUCGUCUCUCCAGAUUAUAAAAAUGAAAAUAUCAACGUAGACGAAGAUAAGCUGCCCUUUAGUGAUGACAUCAGAGACGUCAAAGAUCGUUCCGAUUUCUCCUCCUCCUUCGUCUCUUCAGCUCGUGAUAAAGAUGAAGAAACUCUGUUGGCCACCGACAUGAACAAAGAUCUUUCCGUAAGACACUUGUUGACGUUGGCCGUCGGUGGUGCUAUCGGUACAGGUCUUUUCGUCAAUUCAGGUUCUUCUUUAAAUACCGGUGGUCCAGCUUCAUUGGUCAUUGGUUGGGUUAUUGUUUCCACUGCUUUAUUCACAGUCAUAAACUCUCUUGGUGAAUUGGCAGCAGCUUUCCCCGUCGUCGGUGGGUUUAGUGUUUAUAUGGAUAAAUUCGUAGACCCUUCAUUUGCAUUUGCAGUCAAUUUAAAUUAUCUUUUACAAUGGUUGGUUCUUUUACCGCUAGAAUUGGUUGCUGCCUCCAUCACCAUCAGAUAUUGGAAUUCCUCUAUAAAUAGUGACGCCUGGGUUUCCAUCUUCUAUGUCGCCAUCGGUCUUGCCAAUAUGUUGGAUGUCAAAUCCUUUGGUGAAACUGAAUUCGUUCUUUCUCUGGUCAAAAUCUUGGCCAUCAUCGGGUUCUUUAUCUUGGGGAUCGUUCUAGAUUGUGGUGGUGGUCCAUCUCAUGAAUAUAUUGGUGGUAAAUAUUGGCAUGAUCCAGGUGCCUUUGUAGGUACCACUUCAGGUUCCAAAUUCAAAGGUUUAUGUUCAGUCUUUGUCACUGCUGCUUUCUCCUUCUCAGGUAUCGAAAUGACUGCUGUUUCUGCUGCUGAAUCAAGAAAUCCAAGAGAAACUAUCCCCAAAGCUGCAAAGAGAACUUUCUGGUUGAUCACUGGUUCUUACGUCAGUAUCUUGACUUUAGUCGGUUGUCUGGUACCAUACAACGAUCCAAGAUUGAUGAAUGGGUCCAGUUCCGUCGAUGCUGCUUCUUCUCCAUUAGUCAUUGCCAUCGAAAAUGGUCACAUCCAUGGUCUACCAUCUCUAAUGAAUGCCAUCAUCUUAAUUGCCAUCUUAUCUGUCGCUAAUAGUUCGGUCUAUGCUUGUUCAAGAUGUAUGGUCUCCAUGUCCAAGAUUGAAACUUUACCAAAAGUGUUUGCUAAAGUCGAUAGAAGAGGUAGACCAAUCCCAGCCAUUUGCUUUGUCUUAUUCUUUGGUCUAUUAUCCUUUGUUGCUGCAAGUGAUAAACAAGCUGAAGUCUUUACUUGGUUAAGUGCUUUAUCUGGGUUAUCCACCAUCUUCUGUUGGAUGGGUAUCAACCUUUGUCACAUUAGAUUCCGUCAAGGUAUGCACGUACAACAAAUCUCCUUGGAUGAAUUGCCAUUCUUAUCCCAAACUGGUAUUUGGGGGUCCAUCUACGGUAUCGUCAUCUUAUUCCUAGUCCUUGUUGCUUCCUUCUGGACCUCUUUGUUCCCAGUGGGUAGUUCAAAGGCAAACGCCACUUCGUUUUUCGAAGGUUAUUUAUCUUUCCCAAUCUUAUUAGGUUGUUAUAUUGCUCACAAGGUUUAUUUCAAAAAUUGGAGAUGGUAUAUUCCUGCAAGUAAAAUGGAUUUACAUUCCGGUAGAAAACAAGUCGAUUUAGAAGUCGUAAGAGAGGAAUUAAGAUUGGAAAAGGAACAUUUGGCUCAAAGGUCAUUUUUCUACAGAUUUUUGCAUGUAUGGUGUUGA